AUGGCGGCCGACCUGUCCUCGCUGUUAACAUCGUCCAAAGCACUGACAUCCCAUCUUUCCCGCCCCGACCUCCCUUCGGUCCAUCUUUCUCUCGACCAAAUCGAAGCACAGUCGCGGCGGCUUGUGUCUCGCCAACCGGGCACGUCAGCAGACAAUGAUCGCGCGAAUUAUCUUCUGGCACAGGCCCACGUUGAUGCGCCUGCGCUCGCGAGCUCCAUCGCACAUCUGAAUACGUCAACUACUUUCACGCCACUGCAAGCGCUGCAAGACACAGAUGUCGCGGGCUACCUUCGUCAUGCGCAUGAACAGAACAUCAUUUCCACAAUUGAAGAGGGCAGAAGAGAGACGCAAGAGGACUUCUAUCAUGUUCUUGAGGAGCGGCAGCGGCGAGAUUGGGAAUCGAGAAAAAGGCGCGUAUUUGAACAGCUGGGUGGCCGAGUGGCCGGAGACAACAUGGCUGUCACCGAGCUCAAGAAAAGUAUGCACGGAAAGAACCUUUUGGCUGUCAGCACUGGUCCAAGUCCCAGCUUGCAAAUGCAGAGCAAAAUGAUGGCAUACGACCGCGUCAUCUCGGAACUGAAUGUUUCCAGACUGCGCGGAACUUCUUACCCCAUUGUUCAUGCUCUCUUGAAUGCUUCACUGGGAGCCAACACCGAUCCCCGCCUCCUGCAAUUAGCACAGAACUUCCAUGUCCUCGCCAAAAUUACUGCCGAGCCACCUGCGCUACCCCCUCUCGAGCACGCCGGUGCACACAUUCUAAACGCGCCACUCUUCGAGCGGAAAUACGCGCGUGUAUACCUCGGUGACCCCGAAACGCGUGAAGCCGUCGACUUGCGUAGGCAGAUUGCGAGAGGCGCAAGCGACGCGCUUGAAGAACAGUAUUGGGAUAUUCUUGAGCGUACCCUACAAGCGCGUCCGAUCGAGGCAAGGCUGGGAGGCGAUCCAAGUAUCUCGAAUAAGGUCCGCGCGUUUGUGCUAGUGAGGCAUUACCGAAACGGAGAAUGGGAAGAUCGAAUCGAGCUAGUUUCGGGACAGCCGAUUUGGGCGAAAUUGUUCUACUUGGUACGCACAGGACACACUCAAGAAGCGUUAGCGGAAGCAAUGCAAUAUCAGAACGCCAUCGAACAUCGCGAAUCCGGAUUCUUGAGCCAUUUUAGGGCUUGGAUCGAGUCUGCUGAUCGAAAGGACCAAGUGCACGCCACAUUCAAUGCGCAUAUGCUCCACUCUUCUACCGCUGAUCCAUUUAAGCUCGUAUUGUACAAGCUGAUGGGGAAAAUUGACCCAGCAAGGCGGAGUGUGCACCACGUCACAGUUACGACAGAAGACUGGUUGUGGUUGCAACUAGCUAUGGUGGACGAAGAGGAAGGCGGAGGUUUGCGUGGUCUGGCCGAGGUUCUUAUCAGCUACGGCGAACGGCAUUUCGACGGCAUGCCUGGUCAGAAAGGUGCCAAACGGGGCGUAUGGGCUGGGGUGCUGCUCAUGUGCGGACAGUUUGAACGUGCUGUUGCUGCCCUGUGGGACCAUCAAGAGACUGAGAUCGAAGCCGUCCACAUGGCUAUUGCGCUCGCAUACCACGGACUAUUACGCGUACCCCCACGAGCUGAGACGUCAGACAUGACACCACUCUCCUUAUCGCCUGUUUCGCCACCGUCACUUAGUCUAUCCACGCUUGUCUGGCGUUACGUACGCCAGUUCGUUAAGAUGGAUGCACGGGAGGCUUUGCAGUAUGUGUAUUGUGUGUGCCUCAAUGCUGACCAAGGCAGCGGUGUCGGGCGUGAACAAGUUGAGAGCGCGUGGGAGCUCGUGCGACGGAUUAUCGUACUUGCCAAUACUGGGGCUGCUUGGGAGGAGCUUGUAGGCGGAUUUCGACCGGAUGGGACCCGAUUUAGCGGUAUUAUCGAGCAAAAUGCACCCUUGCUUAAGCUUGAGGAUGUUCGACAAUAUAACGAGCACAUUCUCAUCCGUGCGGCGAAACACUCGGAACAAAGUGAUCGAAUCCCCGAGGCGAUUAAACUGUACAAUUUGGCAGGCGACUACACGACGGUCAUUGCGUGCCUUGCUCAAGCACUUGGGAACACAAUCGGACAACCGAGCAGCGACGAGAAGGCGCGUUCGAUUGAGCGAACGGCGGCGGAUAUUCUGAGACAUUAUGAGCGCACGAAUCGGGCCGUGGGUAAAGAUAGGGAUGCGGUCAUUCGGCUGCUUCGUGUCCGUGAGGCGAUGGAUGCGAAAGAUUCGGGAAGGAUUGAACUUGCUUUGGAAAUAAUGGAGUCGACGGACUUGAUACCCAUGGAUGGGGAUGUGGCGAAGAUCCAACGACGUGCGGAAGAAUUCCGGGAUCUACCGGAAGCGCUACAGCGCAAUCUGCAGACGUUCCUCACUCUCACCAUGGAUACACUGGCCGGUGUACAUCAGAAAAUCAAAUCAUCUAUGGUGGCCGAUGUCACUCGACAAAUGACGACGACUUCGCUAAGGAAGAAGUCGAGGUCGCUAAUGAUAUUUGCGGGAAUUCUGAAAUAUCGCAUGUCCCCCGACGUGUAUUCGUAUCUGGCAAGGUUAGACGUAGAGAUUGCGCUCUGA